UGCUCGUCCGGAGAAGUUUGCUGAACGUGACUCACGUCUGGGCCUCACCAGUUCCGUCGUGCUUGUGCAACUUGCUGAGAGGCCAGCCCCACAGAUACAACCCGGGCGCGGAAGACUUUCAUUUUCGCUUCUGGCCGGCCGAGAGCGCGGCCCGCUUCCCUACGGCGCCGAGAGCCAGAAAGCUGGUUGGUCUCCUGCCCCACCUCGCCUGCCGAAGACGCUUGCCGAACAGCCGCGGCGACAGAGCGAGGUAAUUGAUCGCUGCACGCCCAGGGACAACCCCCCACACAGAGAUUCUCAGUGGAGUGGGAGCAAGCGUCAUGAAUAAUCAAAAAAUGGUGGCCACGCUGUUGCAGGAAUGCAAGCAAGAGCUGGACCAGCUCUCCCUGGAGGUGGAGGACCAAUCCGAGAGAGUUGAGAGCAAGCAUCAGCAGAACAGAGCUUUGCUCCCUGAUGAUCUGAAGACCCUCAUCGAAGAGGCAAAGGAAAUGAAGUGGCCUUUCGUGCCAGAAAAGUGGCAGUACAAACAAGCCAUCGACCUUGAAGACAAAACAAACCUAAAAGAUGUGAUCAAUCCAAGACUGCAUGAGUUACUGGUUUAUUUAAAAAGCUCCAUUACUGUCAGAGACUAUGCAACAGCCGCUGCUAUUGUGUUCCUCAUUGACCGAUUCUUGUAUUGGGUUGAUGGCUCCAGCCAGCUCCUUCAGAUUGCCAAAAGACUGCACAAGCUUCACCCUACAACACCAAUUGCCCCUCAGCUGGUGAUUCGCCAAGCUCGCGUCUCUGUAAAUGCAGGUAAACUAUUAAAGGCCGAAUAUAUCCUUAGCAGUCUUAUUAAUGACAACGGUGCAACAGGAGUGUGGAAGUAUGCUCAGGAAAGUGAUAGAAUUCUUGUUCAAUCCGUCUGUAUGCAAAUCAGAGGACAAAUUCUACAGAAGCUGGGAAUGUGGUAUGAAGCAGCAGAGCUGAUUUGGGCCUCGUUUGUAGGUUUUUUCACACUUCCACAACCAGAUAAAAAGGGGAUUGCUUCAUCAUUGGGUAUUUUGGCUGACAUCUUUGUCUCCAUGAGUGAAAACGAUUACAACAGUUUCAAAAUGAACUCUCAGGUUGACCUGAACCUUCUUAAAGAGUUUGACCAUCGUUUAUUGUCUGCUGCUGAAGCCUGCAAGCUGGCAGCUGCCUUUAGCCAGUUCACACCACUGUUCGUGCUCACAGCCACGAAUAUCCGUGGAAUGUGUUUGCUAUCUUAUAGCUACUCAAAUGCAUGCCCAUCAGAGAAGCGAAAGUUCUAUUUGUCAGAAGCCAAGGAGUCCUUUGAAAUUGGCCUCCUUAGUAAGAAGGAUAAAGAGCUAGUCACUAGCAAACAGGAACUUCACAGUUUUGUCAAGGCAGCUUUCUGUCUUACAAAAGUGCAUCAGCAGCUCUAUGGAGAAAAUAUUACACUUGUUCAAGUAAGCCAGUUAUGCCAGGAAGCCUUGGAGAAGAUGUAUGCUUAUGGGUAUUCACCACGCCCAGAAGAACAAGACAAAGAAAUUCUUGCCAAGCAAAUCAUGUGCCUGGUUAUAUCUGUUAAGGAGCAACUGCAAGUGCCGACUGUCCCUAAUUCAGACCCCAAGUCUUAUGUUCCAGAUAGCUACAAAAAGGCAGUAGAAAAGCAGAUUGUGAAUGGUGAACAAAGCUUUGAACAAAUCCUCAAAAUGUAUUCCCAGCAUCAUGCAUCAAUCUGUGAAGUUUUUGAAAGUGCUUGCAAGAGCCAUAAAAUGAGAAAAAAGGAAGGCAAAAUGGGACCCUGUAUAACAGCUUUGAAAACUGAAACUAGAAAUGUAGACACUGUGUGCACAACAGAAGAAAGGUCACAUCAUAGAAAGGGCCCUGUGAAGAUUUCAGUUUCCCAAAAGAUGGGGAAAGGUCAUGAGGGUCUGAAGGGUCCAAUCCGAAAGAAAUUAUCUAAAGUACCUGCAGUGGAUCUCUCCCUUGAUGAAGAGACAGAGAAUGAACCAUCCGAAGGGGCUCAAAGCAGUGCUGAUGGUGGUUCAAGCCCAUCUCGAAGCAAGAGUGAAGAAGUGUCUAGCUCUCUGCGAUCGUGGAGUAAAUUAUCCAAAUCUAGUUCUUGUACUAGUUGGGAAGAAAUGGACAAUGAAAAUGAAAUGCUCCAAGAAAAGGCAACAAAAAGAAAAGGCUUCACAGGUGAGAGUCAGCAUCUCUCUGCAGCCUUGACUGAGGGUGCCGAAGAAAAUGUUGAAGAUUGCAACCUUGAUUUGUUGUCUUCCGAAGCUCAUAAUCUCUCUCUUCAAGAUAAUCAAACCAACUGUAGAGGCUCUUUUAAGAAAAACACAACUUCAGCUAGUAGUCAAUCAGAAUUAUACCCAAAUUUCAAAGAAGGGCAUUUGGAGGGAACAGAACAUGAAGAGAAUAAUUUAAAACACUCACUUGCGGAAGCCAAUAACACCAGCUACAAGAAUGACUGUGAUUCUUCAAGUGAUUUAAUAAUUCCUUCUUCUAAUAGACCUUCUAAACAAGAUCAGUUUGGAAUGUCUGACUUCUCUUCCAUAAAUGAUUCCAGCUGUAGGAAAGGAAGCACAAGAGAUCCUGACAGUGGCAAACCAGUUAUAGAUCCAGGAUCAAUAAAUCACUGCCCAUUGGUUGACCCAGAAGGAGAAACCGAAGACGCACCAGUGAGUUCACAUCUGCCUGGAGACUGCAUGACAUCUGCUUCCAUAAACAGUGCGAUCAAAGCAGAACGUGACAAUUUUGUACAAAAUUGGAUUAAUAAAUCUGUUAUAACAGGGGCUUCAGGGGCCUCAUUUGAAAUGCCUGAAGUUGACACCCAAGGAGUUACAGUAGACGACUGGGAAGUUGUUUCUGGUAGUGGAAGGCAGUUUGUGGGUUCUUGUACUGACAUGAACAUCAUGAGGGAUCGGCCAAGUCAUGGGCCGGAGACUCUGUCAAGGAGGAACAAAUCUUUAGUAAAUCAGUUUAGUGACUGUACCACCACUGAAGAAGAUGAAGGUGAAAAACGAAGACCCAUUUUGACCCACAGCUCCAGUUCUCUGAAAUCAUGGUACAAAUCAUCCCAGUUUUCCAGCAGUUUUUCUGAACUGGAGAGUCCUUUGUUUUUGGACUCCAGUGGGAGCUCUUUCAGCUUUAUAGGAAGGACCAAAGAACAAGUCCUCCAAGCUCGCGAUCUGAGCAACAAUGACUAUGAGAGGCUUUUGUCAGGGGUUGAACAUACUUGGCUAGUGGAGAGGCUGAAGAAUACCGGGCUCUUUAAGCCAAAACUUCUCCAUAAAGCAUACUAUGCUCUUCUUUUGAAAUACUCUAAGAAAUCUGGGCUAUGGACAGGCCAGGAGACAGCUGUAUAUAUUGGAAACAACUUAAGCGUGGCAAAGAAAGGCAAGCAAAGGAAUGCUUUUUGGAUACACUUUCUACACCAGGAAGAGACUUUGGGAAGGUACGUUGGGAAAGAGUACAAAGAAGAGAAGGGGCUCCUCCACCAUUUCAAUGAUGUGGAACGGCAAAUGACUGCGCAGUACUAUGUGACGGAGUUCAAUAAAAGGCUGUAUGAGCAAAACAUCCCCACACAAAUCUUUUACAUCCCAUCAGCAGUACUCUUGAUACUAGAAGGUAAAUCUAUACAAGGAUGUAUAAGCACGGAGCCUUAUAUCCUGGGAGAGUUUGUGAAGUUAUCCAAUAACACCAAAGUUGUAAAAUCAGAGUACAAAGCCACCGAAUAUGGACUGGCCUAUGGCCAUUUCUGCUAUGACUUUUCUCAAGGCUCAGAUGUGGUCGUUGAUUUACAAGGUUGGGUGACUGGCAAUGGAAAAGGCCUCAUCUACUUAACUGAUCCCCAAAUCCAUUCCCUUUCUCAGAAGGAGGUGUCAUGCCUGAUGAACUUUGGGAAGAAAGGGAUUUACUAUUUCUUCAAUAAUCAGCACACAGAAUGUAAUGAAAUCUGCCAUUGUCUUUCAUUGGCAAGACCUACUGUGGAGAAGCCAAGCUGACACUGAGUAAAGAUUGAGAAUUUUCCCCAAGAAACAUUUCUAUUAUGUUUUGGGUUGCCUGCCUCUACACCAUGAUAGUCAACCUUUAAUCGUGUUGUUCUAAUAUAUAACAUUGUAAUAUUCUUAGCGAUACCAUUAUUGCUACUCUCAAAUGGCAGAGGCAACAUCCCCAGGACCAAAAACCACAGGAUACAGUCCUCUGAUUUUUUUUAAAAGGUGCAAAUAUAUUAUAUAUAUUUGAAUGUGUCUAAACAAAUCUUCCCUGAUGUUUCUCUGGGUUCAGCUGGUGAAAGAGGAAGAAAACUGUUUAACGAGCACACACACAUCCCAAAGUCUGUGUCAAGGCUCAUGGGUUUCAUGAGGACAAAAUUCAAGUGUGACAAGGGCUGAAGUGAGGAGAAAAAUCAGGCAAGAUCCAGCAGAAAGCUGGUAUGAUCCAUCUCUCUGUUGCUGGUUAUGUGGAACCUGCUGUUCUAUCAUAUCUAUUAGUUUUAUACAGUCUUCUUGCUAGACAAUAAAUACUUAGUUAUGGAGUCCA